AUGGUAUUUUAAGACCGAAACAACAAUUUAAGUGAUCCACAAGGCAGACAUGUUCAAUUCAACAUAAUCAACCAAAAGUAAUUGAGUGAUUAAACUGAUAAUUGCCCUACUGUAUUUAAAUCUAUGCUUAAGAUGCCUACAAUUAUCAAUAAAAACUAUAGUAUCAAGAAAGAGUUAAAUUAAUCUAAUGAAAAUGCAGAAGAGAGCAACAAAUUCAAGAACUAAUGCUUUAGCAACAAAUUCCUAGUCAAAGAGAGCAAAAAGAGAAAGUAAUCAGCAUUUAUGAUUUAUUUUUACAGGAUGUCUUACUUUUAAAAUAAAGAAAAUCAUAAUCCUAAUUCAGAAACCCCUUUCUUUGAAGAGUAUCAAUCCAAGAAGCAUUUCAAGCAAAAUGAUUAAGUAACUCUUGUAUUAGUCCUUAUUCUUUUAAAGGAGUUCUAAUCAAACUCUGCUAAUGUAUAAACUUCAUUAGCAAGCUUAAAUCAUUCUCAGCGAUCUUUAAGCCUCCAAACUCAAUCAGAUAAUGACUAAAAAGCUUUUUUGAUUUCAUAAUUAUCUUAACUCAACAUAGGAAACUAUAGUAGACCAGGCUAAUCCAGAAAUGCCAUUAUAUCUAGAUAAAACUCAAAUGACUCAAUUAAAUUUGGUGGAUUUUUCGGCUCAGGAAAUCACAGUAGAGGAAACUCUAUCAACAAUAGUCAAGAUGCAAUUUAGAAUAUGAAUGCUUAAAUAGGCAAAGUCCACAAUGGUCACUUCAAGGCUAGACCGGUUCCUAAAACUAUUUACGAAACCCCUUAAGUUCUAAUAAAUCUUCAAACUUUAAAGAGUGACAGACAGGCAAAGUAUAAUCCCCUUACUCAAAGAAAUUGCAAUUAGAAGAAAUUUUUUAAUGAACAAGAAAGCAAAGGUUAAUUGAAUAGAUCUUUUCAAGGAAGAAUAAGUUCAAAUCAAACUAUUGAUGUAAAUUUCGAUCAUAUGAAUAAAAUGAAACAUUUCAAAAGUUAAAUUAAUCCAUUCAGAUAAGCUACAAAAGAUAUGUAGAUUAGUCAAUCAAGAGAGACAAUAAUUGAGACUCUGGAUCCUCAAUUGAGUUUUAUUGAUGAAGAAAAUACUCUUUAAGAGAACCCUUAAUCUUAUGUUGAGUAAAAUGGCUAGUUUCAGUUUGGAUCAAUCUAACAAAAUCAAUUAAAUCUAUAAGAAUCAAGUAAUAGAUAAAAUGGAGUUGGAACUAGACUUUAUCAACAGUAAACUUAAGAUAAUAGAUUCAAUUAUUAAGCUUAGAAUUCUAACUAACUUAGGAUUCCCUUACAUUAAGCUAGCAAUGGUGGAGCUAUUUCAAGCUAAUAAAGAUUAGACUUUAGAGCUUUUACUUUAUCCUUAGGUAGAAAUGAUAGUUAGUAAUGA